UGUCUUUUCUGUUCCCAACCUCAACCGCACAGGCACAGCUCCAGCACUGCAUACCAGCUCCUGCGAAACUCAUUCGCACCCGCUUUAACGCCCAUUCCAACCAUUCUGGCCUCGGCCCAUUACUCUUAUUUUAUUUUCUCCCAGUGGCCUUCGGGCCCAUCCUCCGGGCUCCCCAUCAGUGCCCCCCCUACCUGGUACCUAGUGAUCACCCACAAUUCAACUGACAAGUGUCGGCGACACCGCCUAAACCAUUGCCAUUCCAGGCUUGUCGGGCUUGCUGGUCAGUACCUGUGCGACUGCCCAUCGUGCGUCUGCCGGCUCCUAUUGCGUGGUUGAAUUCCGCCCCCCGAGGCUCUUUGCUACAGCUGAGGCUUCAAGCGCUCUGCAGCAGCCUGGCACGGCUAUCUCGUCGACAAAGGACCUUCAAAAGUUCGGUAUUGACGUUGACGGCAUAUCCAGACCCCCUUCAUUGGUAUAUACGUACAAUAAUUUCCGCAAGCUUGCCUUCGUCGUAACAGUUCCUGCUUCAUCAUCCCUCAACCCCUCCAGUACCUGCAUAUCACGCUCACUCAGACCCCCCUCCCCGACACCACUGCAGAGCCGACCGCUACUGUACCAAUUUCGGCCGCCGCAGAUCUGGUUUGCGAGCUUGCACUUUCUCCGCCGCCCGCUGUUGGCCACCUGACUGCAGAGUCCGCGACUGGUACCCCUCGUACUUUUGACGCAACUACUCCUUGCUCGCCACACCUGAUCCAACUUCCGCAGCCCGCCAUGUGGCCAGAACCUCAAGCUCGCCCCUUCGCCAUCCAUCUCCCCUCGCACUCGCUUGUCCCACAGUACGUGUCUGUGCCUGACCCAGAGCCUGAUGCCGACCUAGUGCUCGCCCUCACUGGCUCCAUGCCUGGCAGCGUGGGUGAACGACAGGGUUCAUCCAAUGGCUCCUCCUAUGUCUUGGCGUCCCGACGGAAAAGGGCUAGCAAACCAAAAGUACGAACGGGAUGCAAAACAUGCAAGGUGAGUUGAUUCCCUCCCACAACCUUGUCCCCACCCAGACCGAGCGCGCUCUCUCUCGACAUUCCCCCCAAAUGCACGGGUCAAUGCUCGUUUGGCUCCCAGCCACAUCGGUGGGUAGCUGAGCGAUCAGACAAAGCGCUGUCGUCGACCCGUGUCUGACUAAACUCGCCUCCUGCCACGCUCUCCUACUGGUCUCAUCGCAUGUAAUUGACAUUAGGAACAGAUCCGCCGCAUAAAAUGCGACGAGACAAAGCCCAGCUGUAAGCGAUGUACCUCCACCGGACGUAAAUGCGAUGGGUACGAGUUCCCCAAGGAGAGCUCCAGCGGCUCAGCAUCAACCGCCUUGUCGCCACCGCAGCAGAGCCCGGUACCAUUCCAACAUCUAUUUCAACCCAACUCAAUCUCAAAACCCUUUCAAGGCAACACUCAAGAACGUCGUAUCUUCCACCGAUUCCAGUACUGCACCGUGCCCGCGUUCACUGGUGGUUCCGAAACCGGUUUCUGGACCAAACUCGUACUCAAAGUGGGUCACGAGGAACCGGUAGUCCGGAACGCAAUCAUUGCCUUGGGGACGUUGCAUGAGGACUACCAGGACCGCUGUGGCAAAUACAGCCCCCAAUUGAUUGACGACCAGAGCUACCGAUACGCCCUGAAGUUAUACGGGGGUGCGUUGCGCGACCUGAACCAGAGACUGAACACCCCCUCGAGCACCAACGCCAAGCUCGCCAUCAUUUCAAGUAUAUUAUUUGCCUGCUUCGAAGUCCUUCGACGCAAUAACAUGGCCGCGGUCAUCCACUAUCAGCAAGGAAUGAGAGAACUGACCAGACAAAUGAAUCUCCCUCAGGGUGAUGACAUCUCACUUGCACCUUAUUCACCCGAACAACAAUCCGGCUCACGGCCAACAUUCCGCGAGAUUCCUGAAGAUGAGUUGGACGACCUGCUACGGGUCUUUGCCCGCUACGAUAUUCAAGCAUGCACCUUUUCCAAAGACCGAGCGGAACCUUUGUUAACCCACAUUGGUCACGUGCCUCGGAUACUGCCGACCAAUCUCACGUUGAGUCAGGUUCGCAACCAUCUCGACAAUCUCCUUGUUUCGGUCUACCAACUGGUCAAGUCUGAUGCUCGCAUGUACCGAUAUUGGAAGCGAGAGGUUGUCCCAGUAGAGUGGCAGACCCGGCGGCAAGAGGCUCUCGACAUCUUCGAUGACUGGAUGGCCGCUCUGGAGAACUUCUUCUCGACACAAGGUCCCAAGCUAAGUCGUGCCGACAUCAAAAGCCUGCUGGGUCUCCGCCUGCAGAUCAAGACCGCAGUCAUGAUGCUCAAAGUGUGCAUAGACUGUGGACCCGAAACCACGUUUGACGCUUUCAGGGACGACUUUGAGGACAUGGUCUCCAAAGUUGAGCAGGUCACCACAGCUCUUAGCUUGGCUGAAGCAAUGCCCUUGGAGGAUGAGCUUACACCUUUCACCAUGGAGCUGGGCAUUAUACACCCUCUGUUCUUCACAGCCUGCAAGUGUCGAGACUGGGGUAUUCGACGCCGGGCAAUCGCUCAACUCAAGAGAGCCGGCAAAGAGGGUGUCUGGGAAGGACCCAUUAUGGCCGUUCUGGUCCAGAGAAUCAUGGCCUUGGAGGAAGAAGGCUUGUCUCACGGGGAACUGGUGCCUGAGGCAAAUCGAUUCCACGAUAUCAAGAAGAACGUUGAUUAUGACAGUCGGCAAAUCCUUUUCGAAGCCACCAGAGCUUUGGAUGCGGCCUGGGAGAAUUUUUCGGUUCACAGGGAGGCGGUUCCGUUCUGAAGCGUUCCAUUUACGACCAGCAAGGCGUCUCGGGAGACCAAGGUCCUACCAAUCAGGAAGGGAUGAGAGCAAUUUCCUGGAUCGGGACAAUACAUUUUUAUCACGACGUAAUGACCAAUGACAACGACCUGCAUGCGGCGCCGUUUCUCGUGGCACGACAAGGAAAACCAUUGCAAUUGGUGUCUGUGAAUUUUGCAUUUUGGCUGGGAAGCGGAAUAUGUGCUGAGAAAAUGUACUGUGAGGAGGAUAAUGUCUGUGUGUAGGAAGAAUGUCGGUGUUGAUGGGUAGGUGUUCUUGGUACCUCCUCGAUAGUUAUCUAACACGUGAGGGAAAUACCUACAUUAAGAAAUAUCACUUUCCAGGGGAAACCAAAAUUAUGAC